UCCACAACCAUCAGUAUCAGUGCAAUAAGUGAGAAGUGCAAAGUCUCAAGGCAGUCCAGUGAAGUCUGUUGUCGCUUUCUUAGUUUCGUAUCCAUAGCAACUACCCAAUGUGCGUUUCCAUUAGUGCCAAUAUUUUUAAAUAACAUCGUAAACAAAUAAUAUAAUGAUUUAAAUUAUGUUUCACAUGCAAUUAUUCACACUGUUUUGGUCAUUUCGUUGAAUAAUCAAAUUUGUGAUCAAAGGUACUUACUUCAUUAUUUUUAGUAAAAAAAUUCCCGAAAAUCCGCACAUCACUUCGCAACUAAUUAAAAGACAUAUUGUGCAUAAGAGUGUCAAAGUGACUAUAUCAAAGGUUAAUUAAUGAGCAGUGUUCUGUUUUGAGUGUUUGUGUGUUUUAGUGAAGUGAGUGUGUUUAAAUUUUGUCGAUAGUGAAAUUCAGGUUGUUUCUUGUGAUCAAAAUUCUGUAUCAAGAUGAUGUCCCUGUAUAGGACGAUUAAAGGUACAGGGACACAGAAGAGGUCCAGAGAUAGAAGUAGCGGCCCCGCUCCUCAUUCCGAAAUGGUGUCUCGCCGGAAGAUUCUGUCGCGGUCACGUGACGACCUGAACCUGGACUCCGCUUUCGUGAUGCAGGAAGAAGAAGAAGACGUGUGGUACCAGCGGGACAAGUUGUACAAGGAUCACAUACAAGAAGUAUUGGACAAAUGGACACAGAUCGACGACGAGAUUUGGGCCAAAGUGAUCGUCCUGGAAAGGAACAGGCGGGUGGCGAAGGCGUACGCGAGGGCCCCCGUCCUCACAGUCAACGGCUCGGACGAUGGUUUCGAUGGUUUCCGGAUUGGUCUGUGCGGUUUCGAUAACCCAAUGAGGGAUCCCAAAACAGAUGAAAUCAAGCGGCACAUAGGACACGGGGUCAAAGUGAAGAUGGACGACCAGGGUAACAUUCUGGUAAAGCGCGUGUCCAAAUGCAACGUCUUCGUGAAGUGUACCAGCGCAGGGGAUGAGACGAGUGUCGGCAACGACGUGCUCAAGCUACCCAACUGCGCCCUGGAGAUGGAGAAGCCUGUCAAGUUAUUCGACAUGAAGAAAUUCCAACAGAACGUACACCGAGAGCUGCGGCGAGCCUACCCAGACAGGCGUCGCCUGGAGUGCCAAUGCCUCAGCGCUGUGGCUUUCGUGAAGAGCGAACCUGAGCUUCUGGACUGCCCCAUCUGGGUGCUCAUAAUCAACGUCGUAGCCAUGGACAUGCUCAAGUCGAAACUUCCUCCAGUCAAACGAGCUAUCGAUAUUCGAAAUCGUCCCCGUAUCCCUAUCCCAGACGAAGAUCCGUAUAGCGUUGCCGGAAGUGGCGGGUCAUCGGGAAGUUCUGGGGUAGGGACUACCAAUGGAACAGGAAACGGAAAUGGUAUGGUUGCCGCAACUAGGGAACAACUACUUCAGCAACAGCAGCACCUACUGCAGCGCCGCAGCGACAAACCACCGAAACUACCGCCAAGAGACAACAACUACCCUCACGAUAUUCCAAAGCCGGACUAUGACGACAUAGAAGAAGAAAACAGACUGAAGCCCUUCCCGUCUUCAAGAGGAAGAGAUAAAGCUAAGGAUAGCAAGAAAUAUGAUGACCCGUACUACUGCGGGCUGCGGGCUAGAGUCCCAAAUUUCGUCAAGUCCACCAAGUCAAAGGACACCGCAGGCCGCUACCCACCCAGCAGCGCCAUCUCUCAGCCGUCCAGCAUGAUGCACCAUUUGCACCAAUACCAUCAGCAGCACCACCCAGUCAUGUGGCAUGCCCGGAGUAUUGAUAGCGGCAUGGGUCGAUAUUCGAACCAGGAAUCUCCGGAAUGCGAAGAUGAUGAUGUCAAGAUACGUAGGUCACUCCGUUCCGCAGUUUUGCAGAGAAAUCUAUCGGAAAACGAUGCUGAGGCGCUGGAAUCCCCUUACAAUCACAUAUAUGGCCGCCUACCUAUUCCUACCAGAGGGUACAUCCCACCUACGCCACGCACAAUGUACGUCGGAGAAUGGGAUUAAAUGAAUGUUAAAACCUCGAAGAAGACGAUGUCUAAAUUAGCACAUUUUGUGAAUGAAAAUUGCAAUUGUGAUUUCUCUUUAUUAUUAUUAUUAAUUGUAAAUUGUAAGGCGAGAGCCUUUGUUUAUGUAACGUGAAAAUUGUCUUAACCACUUACAUUCGCGUAUGGAAAUGUAAAACAUAAUCAGAACUCUGAGACCAAAAUUAAUUUAAGUUAAAAUCCCUCAUUAAUAGUUUAUUCGUAUCAACACAUAUCCAUUAGCACUAUCAGGUUUAAUAUUACGAACAUCAUUUGAGAGUUGUGUUAUCCCUACCACGUCAAUAUAAUACUUUUGUUUAUAUUUCGUACAGUAACAACUUACUGAAUAUGGUCCAUUUUAUCGACUUUUUCGUUUACAUAUGUGAUACUAUUAUGACGGUUUAAUCUAUAUUUAUAAUGUAUUUUAAAUGUUUUAAACCAAUUAAAUGUCCUUUGAUCUUUCAUUUUGUAUAUAAAUUCUGCUAUUUCAGGUAAAAUUAGAAGGCGAUUACAGUUCAUAUCACAGUGCAAGCUUCUUAAUUUGUUUUAGAUAUAUCACCAUUAAAAUAUUUCUACCCAUUGUAGAAAUAUUAGAAUGUAACAAUUAUAUUGUACCCGGUACUCAAAUUUCUUAUGUUAAAUUAUCUUAACCCUUUCUACGCUAUGUACGACAUAUCAUACUCCAAAACAAUGAUAAUCUGCUAUAAAUAAAUUAAACGUUCAUUAUUAUAUAUCUGCAGCCAUGUCUCCGACAAUUCAAGCUACAUAUUUCGGUCGUUUUAUAACAGGAAAUGACAUCUAAGUUUACCAUUGUUAUAUACAAACAAUAGGCGGAAUUUUGAUGUCAAUGACAAGGGUUAAAGGACGCAACGCAAAACUUGAGUUUAAGAAUACAAUUCUCUAAGAUUUAAUACUGUAUUUUCCCUGCGUGCAAUAACAUUUCGUAUUUUACCACAGAAACUUCUAUUAAUUACAAUAAUUCAAUGUCUUCCUCGUGGAAGGAAAUGUAAAAGUGCGAAUGCAGAACUUGUAUGUUAUAAAUGAGUGGUUGUGUUCUAUAUUAAAUGUGUAACUGACAGUUAAGUGAUUACGUGUGAUGCAACUGUACAAAUAAAUGGAGUGGAUUCCAAGGACGAAAUACAAAUACCAAAAUAUAUUGAGAUUUGUCCGACACUUAAAGGGGAGACUUAACAACAAAGUCUUGGACAUAUCUCAGUAGUCUCACAAGAAUGUUGAAAGUGAUAUUUCAGAUACGGAUGCCUUCAGAAAUUUCGUCACCUUAUUCCUGGACAGUAUGUAGAUAAAUCUCCGGAUAACUUAUUUAACAAACAUGUUGUAACAAAGUCUUGCACAUUUUAAUAGCUUAUCACUGAUUGGUACAAAUCAGAACUUGGAUGUACGUAUAUUAAAAUUACAGGACUAAAUGUACUGAGUUUAUAACCCCUUCUGUGUCAAUUAAACUAAUGAAAGAUGAGACAAACUUCGUAGUUGCAACGUAGUCGAUGUUCUUAGGAUAACUUUUUAGUAAUAUUAAUUUAUAAACACGUGAAGUGAUUGAACAUAAAUACGCGUAAUUUUGCUGUACCAGUAUUUUCUGCAACCUUGAAUACCAAGGUAAGUCCUGGUUUAGAAUUUUUAUCAAUCGUUUCACGGGCUGUAGCACACGUAAUUGCAUCAGGUAACCACUCCCAUCUUUUUGUUACAAAAGCAAUGUAUUAACAAAUCCAUUCAUUUAUACGUGUUUCACUAUACCUUUCUAAUAAUAUGGACUUAAAUUAUAAUCGCAUUCACUUCAAUCACAGUUAAAAUAUUUCAUCUGUUGCUUUCCAAUCCAUUUUUUUUAUCAAUCUUCAAUAAAUCUUUUGAUCUGUUCCCCACUUAUGCAGCCCGUCACUGAUUGUUAAACCAGUUGCAUUCUUUCCAAACGAUGGCUUAAUCAGCAGAGCUGGAAAAUUAAAAUCUUCGCACACAUAUUUCUCUUCUUAAUUUUUUCUUGUUUCAACGAAUACAUACAGAAGUGAGUUACUCCAUCGAUGGUGAUCUUCUGAGCUCUGAAGCCAUGUGGACUUGUGGGUGGAUACCAGCGAUUUGGAGGAAUAUACCGCUUCCAUCUUCAAGGCUAAAUAUGAAGGCAGUAUGUUCCUCUGAAAUUUUACCAGCUACCUACGAGUCAACACGGCGAAAGAAAACCCAGAAAACCAAAAUCUUCACAGCCGUGAAAAUCAACCUCAAGUCUCACUUAGUUAAGUCCUUUUAACACAUAAUCCUUCAUUUACAAAUUAAAGGAUAUCCUGUAAUAUGCUACUGAAAAAUAGAUUCUCAUUAUUUUCCUGCGGGGAGUGGUCUAAGGAUGGUUAACACAGAAAGAUAAUUACUCCAUUAGUGGCGUGUGUUAUUACAUGUCUCAGGUUAUUCAUUAAUUGACACUACACCAGAGUACAACGUUACCUCUCUUUAUGAUAAAUUAAUGAUAGCAAUCGUCAGUUAAAAAAAUACCUAAGUGAAAGCUAAUCAAUUACAAGAAAAAGGAAAUGUAUCUACAUUACGAACCAGUGAUUUUUGGUGGCAUGCUCACUGAAUUUCUGAACGCACAAUGGUAAGAGACUUUCCUACUCGGUACAAUCCUGCCUGCUGAUUGCACUUACCAGUUAAAUCAAUUUGCAGAAUCACGGAAGGUGUAAAGUAUAUCAGAUACCAAGAGGACUCGUUAGUUCGUCGUGCGUGCGUGUCUGUGUGUAUAUGUGUGAUUUUAAAUAUAUUUAAUGACUAUCGAAAAGAGGUAUAAACUCGUAGUAAAUGUAUUUUUUCUACUUUAUAAGAACAGGCAAUAAAUUGGUGAUGGAAAUAAA